CAGUGCAUCGGUGCGACAUGGCUUGGGAAAAAAAGCAUCUUAUCAAUCAUAUCACUGCCGCCCGCUCUUUCACUUUUCUCAUGUCUGAUUGAUUUCUUGACACAGUCCUCUUAUCAGAUCGUUUCAAUCUACCAUUGGUGUGCACCAAUUCCACCAUGGCAGUCCGAAUUACUCAACUCACACUGCUCUUUGCAUUGCUCCUCACAAUAUGUCGAGCUGCAGUUGUAGAGAAGUACUUCAACCUCACAUGGGUCAUGGCCAACCCUGAUGGCUUGCAAGAGAGAAAGGUCAUUGGUGUCAAUGGCACUUGGCCGCUGCCAGUUCUGGAAGUCAACAAGGGCGAUCGCGUCAUUGUUCAUGUCUACAAUGGCCUAGGAGAUAAAGACACGUCCGUCCAUUGGCACGGCCUUUUCCAAAACGGUACUACACACAUGGACGGGCCAAGCAGAGUUACACAAUGCCCGAUCACGCCUGGAACAUCUUUCACCUACGAUUUCACAGUUGACCAAAGCGGCACCUACUGGUACCAUUGUCACACAGAUUAUUGUUAUCCAGAUGGCUAUCGCGCUCCGUUCAUUGUACAUGACAGUGACGCCUGGUUCGCCGAUCAGUAUAAGGAAGAAUUUGCUGUUACAGUCAGCGAUUGGUACCACAAUAUGGUGGAGGACAUCCGGUUUAUCGAUCUUGCAAACCCAACUGGAGCAGAACCUAUCCCAGAUAGCUUCCUGUUCAACGAUACCAUGAACACCAAGGUCUCAGUCCAGCCAAACACCACAUACUUGUUGAGAAUCAUCAACACGGGUGCAUUUGUUGCUCAGUAUUUCUACAUCGAGGACCACAACUUCACAAUCGUCGAAGUUGACGGUGUAUUCACAGAGCCUGAAGAGGCAUCUUUGAUAUAUAUCGCCGUGGCGCAACGUUACUCAAUCCUGUUCACAACAAAAGCCUCGACGGAUCGUAACUACGGUCUUGUUACCAUCGCUGAUCAAGUUCUGCUCGAUGGAAUUCCGGACACGCUGGUCCUCAACCAGACCAAUUGGCUUCAAUACAACCCUUCGGCCAGUUUCGAUCCUGUCAACGUGACUCUUAACAUUGCCGAUGAGAACCCUGCUUUCGACGACUACUCUCUCGUUCCAUACGACAAGGAGCCUCUUUUGGAGAACCCUACCAAGAUCAUUAACUUGACUGUUUCGAUGGGCAUUCUUGAUAACGGCAAGCCCUACGCCUUUUUCAACGACCAGACUUAUACCCAUCCUAAGGUGCCAUCUCUCUACACUGCUCUCACAGCGGGAGAAUUGGCUACGAAUGAGGCUGUGUAUGGCGAAUACACCAACUCUUUCGUGCUGAAUCAUCUAGAGGUGGUUGAAGUUGUGCUGACUAACAACGAUGGAGGUUCGCAUCCAUUCCAUCUCCAUCAGCAUAACUUCCAGGUCGUCAGCCGCUAUCCGCCGUAUGGCGAGGACUUUUACUCGCUGUCCGAUAACGUUGAUCCUCAAGCCUUCGACCCCAACAACCACACCGCGUUCCCCGAGUACCCCAUGCGUCGCGACGUCGUGGUACUCCCCCCAAUGGGCAACAUUGUUAUUCGUUUCGUCGCAGAUAAUCCUGGUGUCGCGCUCUUCCACUGUCACAUCGAUUGGCACAUGCAGCAAGGUCUGGCUGCUACCUUUAUCGAAGCACCACUCGAGAUGCAGAAGAAGAUCAAAAUUCCCGAAGAUCACUUCGCUGCAUGCAGAGCUGCCGGCGUACCCUACGCAGGAAAUGCAGCUGCCAACACAAAGGAUCUCCUGGACCUCAGUGGCCAGAACAAGCCAGCAAAACCAGUCCCUGCAGGUUUCACGGCUAGAGGCAUUGUAGCCCUAGUCUUCAGCUGCAUCGCGGCGUUUGCAGGUCUAGCAGCUAUUACUUGGUACGGCAUGGCACCUCUCAGUGCAAGUGAGCAAGAAGCUGUUGAGCGUAAAGUUGCGUCGACGAAUGUUCAGACAGCUGAGGAGUGAUGGUUGCAGUAGGGUUGGUUUCCAAGUUGUUGAUGAAAAUGUGAUGUCAAAAAAAGAUCAUGUCAUGACAUGUGAUCUGACUGAAUGGGAC